ACGCUGUCUCUUAAAUGGUCCUUGGUUACAUUGCAAAUAUGGCCGCAUGAAAUAAUGCCAAAAAUUAUCUUUCGUUUCGAUAAUAUUUUUAUUAUAGUAUGAUAUUAGCAUAUCGCAAGAAGUUUAUAUUGAUAUCAGUGCAUUGAAACAGUGUUUGGACUUAUGUUUGCGAACAUUUCAGACGACAAAAUUGCAACAAAAUGAGUAAAGAUAGUGGAUCAACAAAAACACAAGGUCUUGAUUCCUCCGGUGUUUCAGAUGACACAGCAGGACCAAGUCCAAGAACAGGUCCAUUUGAUCAGACCUCGUCACAGAAGUUAGAGGGUGUGACACAGAUCCAUGCUGCCGCUGUAAAUGGAGACAAAGCAUGGCUGGCAAGACUCAUUGUUUCUCAGACAGGAAGUGGUAUCAUAGAUUCCGGGGACCAGUUUGGGAGGACUCCAUUAAUGUUCUGUGUCCUGGCUGACAGACUAGAGUGUGCUGAACUUCUUCUUAAAGCCGGGGCUCAAACCAAUCAGAGAGAUAAAGGUGGUCGGACAGCUCUGCACUGGGCAGCACAUAAGGGAAAUGUUCGAUUAUUAAAACUGCUUCUUUCAAAGGGAGCUAACUGCCAUGAGAAGGAUAAUGAAGGGCAAACUGCCCUGCAUUUGUGUACCAGACAUAAGUCACCGAAAUGUAUCACCCUGUUGCUACGGCAACUGUCGCCGGGUGAGAUUGAUGAUCAAGAUAGAAAUAAGAGGACAGCAUUGCAUUGGGCAGCAUCAUAUGGUAAUUUAGAACAUGUGAAAAUGCUGAUCAAACAGGAUUCAAACAUCGGCAUACCUGAUAUAGAAGGUAAAACACCACUCCACUGGGCAGCCAGCAGCAGGGAUCCGGAGGCAGUGAACUGUGUGAAACUUAUACUGGACACAACUCCCAGUGUUAUAAAUUGGCAAGAUUUUGAAGGUAGAACUGCCCUACAUCUAGCUGUAGCUGAUGGCAAUGCAAAUGUAGUGAAAGGAUUGGUGGCUGUUGAGAAUUGCAAUGUAUCGGCACUAGAUAAUAUGUUUAGAACUCCUCUACACUGGGCAGCUGUUCUAGGUCAUUCUAAAAUAGUGUCUCUUCUGCUAGACAAUAAUGCAGACUUCUCUAGUUCAGAUCAAAAUGGUGCUACCCCGCUACAUUAUGCUGCCCAAAAUAACUUUGAUGAAACAUGUGAGAUGUUUUUGGCUCGUGCCAGUGUCACUGAUGAAGCUGAUGUUGAAGGGCGUACAGCGUUUAUGUGGGCCGCGGGUAAAGGCGCUGACCAGGUUAUCUCAGUCUUUAUUAAACAUAAUGUCGAUAUACAGCAAGUGGACAAAAAUGGUGGAUCAGCUUUACAUGCUGCUGCUCUUUCUGGACAUGCACGUUCAGUGAAGUUAUUACUGGAUCACGGGGCUCAUAUAGACGCUGCCGAUUUUAUGAAGCAUACACCGUUGUUCCGAGCUUGUGAAAUGGGCCAUACUGACGUUGUACAGACUUUGAUAGAUGAUGGAGCAAGGGUUGACAUGCUUGACGAUGAUGGCAGAUCUCCGCUGCAUUGGGCUGCUCUAGGUGGACAUGCAUAUAUAUGUCAGACUUUAAUCAAAUAUGGUGUAGACCCUAAUAUUAAAGAUUCUUCAGGACGAACCCCGAUACAGUGUGCAGCAUAUGGAGGCUAUGUUAACUGUAUGUCUGUACUCAUGGAACAUAAAGCUGACCCUAAUGCUCAUGACCAUGAGGGUAUGACGGCAUUACACUGGGCAUGUAGUAAAGGUCAUCUAGAUGCCGUCAAGUUACUGAUAGAAUAUAGAACAUUUCCUAACCACAUGGAGUUUACAGAAGACAGGUACACACCAUUAGACUACGCAUUAAUGGGAGAGCACCAUGAAGUGGCUCAGUACAUGUUAGAACAGGGGGCGCUUUCAAUAACCGGUAUACAAGAUAUCGCUGCUUUAAAAAUCCAGUCAGCGUUCCGAGGGUACCGAGUGCGGAAAACAUUUAAAGAAAAUAAACGAUUGCUGAUGAAGCAUGAACAGCUAAAGAAAGAGGCAGCGAG